AUGUAUGGGAAUGCGGCAAGAGCAUNUAAUAAUAAUAAUAAUAAUAAUAAUAAUAAUAAUAAUUUGCAAGAUGCAAAUAGGGAUAAUGACAUGAUUGAAAAGGUUGAGGGUUGCUAUGUUCCAUCUUAUGAACGGUAUUUCUCAGAGACGGAGCUCAUUACAGGUUCGCAGUUUACUGUCGAAGAGUUGGAGAAUAAAAAUGAAAAUAAUAGGAAAGAAGAGGAGAAAAAGGAGAAAGAAGAGAAAAAGGAACAACAACAACAACAACAUCAGAGUCCAGCUAUUAAUGGAGUAAAUUCAGGGAAUAAUGCUUGGAACUGUAGACGGUCCACAGUCUACGAAAAUGACACCUCGGCUUUCAUCUAA